AUGGUCGAGGAAGUUAUGAAAACAAAAUUUUAUCCUAAAGUGAGAAUUGCACUGAUACUUUAUGAAAUUUGUCCAUUUGGAAGGCAGCAUUUGAGUUUAUUGCGAGACAUAGAGAUUGUAAUGGUGAAUGGGAUGAUGCCAUGGGGAAACCAUCAAUUACUACCCCUUGGACCAUUAAGGGAACCAUUGACCGCACUCAACCGAGCACAUGUUGUUGUGAUCCAUCAUGCAGACUUGGUAUGA